UGAGCCUGAAUGGCUGGAUGGUGUGCAGAAAAAUGGGGAAUUAUUUUAUUUAGAAUUGAGUGAAAGUGAAGAAGAAGCUCUGCUUCAGAACAGCUGUCCAGAAAUGCCAUCAGUGAAUCAUGUCAGGUUUCGUGAAAAUGAAGCUGAAGUUAUUCAAGAGGGAUCACGAAAAGAAAGAAAGUAUGAACUCAAGAAAUUGACCAAAAUCUUAAAAAAGAAGAACCUUUUACCAAAGCAUUCUGGUAAGAAAGGCAGUGGAAGCUGUAAUGUGCAUUCCACUGGUCCUACUUCCAUAUUGAAACACCAGUCUGCUCAGAAAAUGGGUGUCACUGUUCAGUUAAAGUACAAAGAUGUAUAUGUGUAUGUAAAUCCCAGAAAACUGUGCAGUGCUGGAGAAGACGAGCAGCACAGGCUGCUGGAGGCCUUAGUGGGGAUUGUCCAUCAGUCUUCAUGGAGCAGCAGAAGAGCAGAAAAGCAAGGCAGGAAGGAUAAAGUCAUCAGAGGAGCUGGUGAAGAGAAGCUUGUAGUACAUGGCUUGGUGCCAGGUAGCUCAGCAAUGAAAACGGGUCAAAUCUUGAUCGGAGACGCUCUAGUUGCUGUAAAUGAUGUUGAUGUGAAUUCUGAAAACAUAGAAAGGGUUUUGUCUUGCAUUCCAGGUCCUAUGCAGGUUAAACUUACAUUUGAAACAUCAAUAUUUGAGCCUGAAGAGACUUCUGAGCAAAGGUAUAAACGGGCACAGUCAAGUAUGAACAACCUGGUUCGGCUCUUGUGGAGAGAAGAUAGUACGGAGCUUCAGCAGGCUAUGCAAGGUGUGCCUCAUAUCGUUAUGUUCCUCACGCUGAAACUGGACUCUGAGACAUCUAAGGAUGAGCAAGAAAUUCUUUAUCAGUACCCCAUAUCAGAAGCAUCCCAAAAACUGAAAAGUGUGAGAGGAAUAUUUCUCACACUGUCUGACAUACUGGAAAGUGUUACUGGUACCCAGAUUAUCAGUUCCUCCCUUUUCUUAUGUGGAAAACUGGUUCAAGUUGUUUACUGGAAAGAAUCUGACAAGUUGCUUGUAAUUGGCCUUCCUGAAGAAAAUGUGCCACUUUCUCAGCUGAGGAACAUGAUUGAGAAUGUUGUCAGGACCUUGAAAUUUAUGUACAGUUCUUUAGACAGUGCUUUUUGCCAGGUGGAAAAUGUUUCUCGCCUGGAUCAUUUUUUCAACCUGUUCUUCCAGCGUGCGCUUCAGCCUGCAAGGCUCAAGUCAAACGCCAGCCCCAGCGUUCAGCACUAUGAUACCUGCGGUGCCUUAUUCUUAGACAAUCUCCCAGGCUUGCGCUGGCUGACGUUGCCUCAGGACAUCAAGAUGGAAAUUGACACAGCACUGAGUGAUCUGGAAGCAGCUGACUUUGCAGAGCUGUCUGAAGAUUAUUACGACAUGAGAAGAUUAUAUAUGAUUAUGGGCUCUUGUCUCUUCUACAAGGGUUACUUGAUUGGCAAUCACUUGCCAAAGGAAGAUCUUAUUGAUCUAGGUUUAUAUUGUCGGCACUAUUGUCUGUUACCCUUGGCAGCAGAACAGAAGAUUGGUCAGUUAGUGAUAUGGCGGGAAGUAUUUCCACACCAUCAUAUCCAGCCAUGUGAGGCUUCAAGUUUUACAGGAUACAGGGAACCUGAAGCAAGAUACUUCUUAAUGAUAGUUGGCUUGAGACACUUUAUGCUGUGUGUGCUGCUAGAGGCAGGAGGCUGUGCAUCAAAGGCUAUUGGGAAUCCAGGACCAGACUGUAUAUAUGUAGAUCAGGUCAAAGCCACUAUACUUCAACUGGAAGGAAUAGAAGCCAGCAUAGAGGAAAGGCUAGAUUCUCCUUCCAUUCCACCUCUGUCUUGUGCUGACUGGUUCCUUCCUGCAACACGUGACAAACUGGAGAGCUUGACCACCUCGCCCAUCCUAAGCAAGCUACAAAAUACUUCAAAAUCAGUAACCACUCCAGUGAGCAAAAGGACUCUGUUUGGUGACUCCUCCUUAAUGACACGUAAGCCGAGCCCUGCGAGAAACAGUGGAGGACCUGAGCACGGUAACGAAGCUCCUGCGGAAGAUGAAAGCAGUAAUCCCCAAUCUGUAGUGGAUCAGGCCACUAGGAAAAAACAUACCCUACCAAAUCCAUUUCAGUUAGGAAACCUCAAAAAGAACCUUUCAGAGAAAGAUACAGAACUUCUUAAUGCUGUCAAGUUGACAUCUGGUCCUGAGAAUACUCUCUUCCACUAUCUGUGUUUGGAAACGAUGCAAGGAAUCUUUAUUACUCCAACUCACAAAGAAGUAGCACAGCUCGGUGGCUCCAUCCACCCUCAGUUAAUUGAGAAUUUCUAUCGUUGCUGCCUUUCAAUUCGUUCCAUUUUUCAGCAGUCCAUGAGGAAAGAAAAAAAGAAGAAAGCAGGCAGUGGGAUUUCAGAAUUUAGCACAGCAACGGAGGACGUAGAUCUUAUAACAGAACACGGAGUUUUGUUUGAGUGCGCUCCUGACAACUGGACUGAUCAGAAGAAACCACCACCAACAAUGAAUUACUGGGUUGUGGGGAGACUUAUUCUACAUCCAAAACCUCAGGAGUGUUAUGUCUGUUUUCAUGACUCAGUCACGGAAGCUGCUGUUGAACUGGCCUUUAAACUGUCCUUCGGCUUAUCGCAGCAGAGGGGCCGGUUCCAGCAGCUGACGGGAGCCUCCGGAAGGUUCUGGAGGUCUCUGGAAGGCGCUCACUGCAGGAUCCGCAUGGCGGAAGGAAAUGGCGCCAUGUCUGGGCCCGGCCGCCCCUCACAGCCACUAACAGGGGAAGACGGAGGCAGCUCAGCGCGGCUCCUGAGACCAUCGGCUUCCAACUCGUGA